AGGAGACCAAUAUAAACGGAGGCGGGAGAUUCGUUUUCUGGUCCUUGUCCUGUGACAUACCAACGGCUGGGAAGUCAGUUUAUUGCUUUCAUCUCCGGUUUGAACAUGGUGCGGACUAAAGCAGACAAUGUCCCAGGCGCCUACCGCAAAGUGGUGGCUUCUCGAGCCCCCAGGAAGGUGCUUGGUUCCUCCACCUCUGCCACUAACUCCACGUCGCUUUCGUCGCGGAAAGCCGAAAAUAAAUAUGCAGGAGGUAAUCCUGUUUGUGUGCGCCCAACUCCCAAAUGGCAAAAAGGAAUUGGAGAAUUCUUCAGGCUGUCCCCUAAAGAUUCCAAAAAAGAGAAUCGGAUUCCUGAAGAGGCAGGAAGCAGUGGCUUAGGAAAAGCAAAGAGAAAUUGAUAUUUGGGUGACUACUGAAGUUCUCUAUUCUUUCCAUGGAGCAUGUGCUUUGCAACCUGGUCACACAGAUGCCGAAAAAGAGUAGAACUUUCCUAUUCAUCUUUGACUAAUAUCUCCUGUGUACUCUGGUACUCUAGGAUGUAAAUUUGCAUAAAUAUGUUUGUUCCUAUCAGUUCUGUUGAAUGGGCAUUUAAUUUAAAAAUUAGGCUUAAUUAGUUAUUCAAAAGCAAGUAGUUAUUAGUAUGUAAGAUUAAUAUAUGAUACUUAGCUUAGUAUUCAGUAUAAUGCGGUAUUUUAUUUCCUCCUUUUACCUGUUAAACUUCUUGUUCUUGCUAAAAACAAAUCAUUACAUGGUGCUCUAAUUACAAAUCUGCUGUAUUUUAGAUCUGCUUAGAUCUUUGUACUGCUGCCAUUUUUAUUGGCAUUUGAUUAUUGGAAUGUUGCCAUUUUCCCCUUUUAUUUGAUUAAAAAAGCAGAGUUAGAUUUUGCACAUUGAAAAAAUUCAGUAUUAAUUAAACUGAACUUUUUCAGAAAGGGCACCAAAUAUGUAAUAUUGAAAAAAAUUUGGAUGGGUAUCCUUAGAUAAUUUUCAUGGCAAUUUGAUUGAUAAUCAAAGCUUCUUACAAAAGAAGAUAAAGUACUAGCAUAGAGUCAGGCAGGAAAAUUCCAUAAAGUACAUUUAAAGAGAGAAAUUUUCCUAGGAUAUGUAUUUAAUUCAGUAUCAUAAGAUACUACCCUAUACUUUUAAAGUUGGAAAUAAGUCAGUAAAACAUAAAAGGCGAAUCAUGCUGUAAAUGCAGAGGUUAUAUACUUUUCUAGAGAACCAGGGGUAUAACUGAAGAGGUGGAUAUAAUAUUACGUGGUAACAUGCUUCCUCCUCACUCUUUUUGUUCACUUACAUCCUGUUGUAAUAAUUAACUGUAUUUUAACAGGAUGUUUUUCUGAAAUUUGUUUGCAAUAAACGAAUACUUAUUUUCACAAUAUACUAUCCCUUUCUGUGUUUCCUAAGAUUAUGUCCUACCAGAUAUUUCUAUUUUAUUCCUUCCAAAUACAAGUUUGUGCACUCACCUGAUUUUAUCAACUUCCACAUGGCUGAGUCCUGAUGAUUACAGAUCAUCUUUUUUUGCUUUGUCCUUAAGAGGUGGGUAUUAAACAGAAUGUUACUGAAUUGGGGACAGAGAGUUUUAUGCUAAGUACUUCCUUGAUAAUUAGAUUUCUUAAUAAGGAGUAGCUCAGACCAAGUCGGCUAAAAUCAAGUUUCGAUGGGUCCAAAACCUGAUUUGCUAUUUUUUUUAAUUUGCUAUGUGUCAGUUUUGGUGAGAGAUUUCAUGGUGGAGUGCCCAAUGAAGUCUAACUUUGAUAUGUAUUGUUUCUAAAAAACUUGACUCAACCUACAAUCUUUACAGGAUACAAUACUUGAUAUCUCACUUUUAUUAUACAGGAUUCCUAGGUAAUUUUUCCAUUUCAAAGUUUUCUUAAAAUGUAGCAUGGCAAUUUAGCUUCUCCUAAACAUAAGGAAAAUACAGAUCUCCUGCUUCCAUUGAAAUGGAAUUAAAAACUAAUUUAUCCAUUAAAAAGAAAUUAAACCA